UUGCGAAAACCGUAGGGUAACAUGGAAGACAGCGGCAAAGUUGUCGGUGUUUAACAUCUAUUUGUUUACAAUUUCGCGUUUAACAUGUCUCAAAAGACGAUCGAGGACACAAUUAUAGACGUCGUGAGGGAUAUUUUACACGGCGAGGCAAUUGAGGCAGCCCUGUGUUCUGUAAUCUUGCACACAGAGGAGUCUCUACAAUGGAAGAAAGAACACUGCUUCAACAGCCUCAAAACUGCCCUGGCCAAUGUUCCCCAGGAAAGCUUGGACACCGCUCUGAAGUGUUACAUCACACAGAUUUACAACGUUCAGAACGCCAGCCGGGUGGAGCUCCUUCUGGACCUGUUGGAGGGGCUGGUGGAGUACAAUGUAGUCCCUGCAAAGCCUAUUUGUGAUGCUCUAUUGGACCAUGAGCUGCUCAGCUACAACGCCAGCCUGAUGUGGACCAAGACGUUUCAGCUGAUGAGGAAAAUCAUCGGCGGUGUGGACUACAAGGGCUGUAGAGAUUUACUUCGGGGCAUCCUGGAGAAAUGUCAGGGGAUAAAGGAAGAUGAGAAUGUGUCCGUCAUGCCAGAUAUUGACACCCCAGUCAAUUUGGUGGCCCACAUCUUGGAUCGUAAUGUUUGCUUGUUACCAGCGUAUCUUGCAGUGAAUGAAAUCAACAAAGUCUGUCCCGAGGACAGGAAGUGGCCUCACUGGAAGAUGGGCAACAUCCUGGCUGACUUUGUCCACAGUUUUCGCCCAGCUGCCCAGAUGGUCACUGUUUCUGGUCGGACUCAUCUCUUACCAGUGGUUGGAUACUCUAUCGCUAUCUCGACCAGUAAUGUGUGGAGACUCAGCUCAUCCUGUCUCAAGUUCCCCCUCAACGGGCCCCUUCCUUAUGACAAGGAACUGUCAGAACCCCAGACCGGACUAUUGCGCUAUGUUCUGGAACAGCCCUACUCCAGGGAUAUGGUCUGUAAUAUGCUGGGACUCAAUAAACAGGUGAAGCAAAGGUGUGAGGUGUUAGAGGAGCAGUUGGUGGACCUGGUUGUCAUGGCAAUGGAGAGGUCCGAGAAUGAUGACGCCUCCAACGAUGAAUGCCUCAGUCAGUUGUUAUGGCAGCAUUUAUCCAGCCAAGUCAUUUACUUUGUGUUAUUUCAGUUUGCCAGUUUUCCACACAUGGUUGUGUCCCUUUAUGAGAAGCUGAAGGGUCGUAACCUGAACAAAGGGCGAGACCACUUGAUGUGGGUCCUUCUACAGUUUAUAUCGGGCAGCAUUCAAAAGAACCCGCUGAAGGAGUUUCUGCCUGUGAUGAAGCUGUAUGACCUGCUGUAUCCAGACAAGGGGAUGAUCCCAAUGCCAGACGUCACCAAGGCCCAGUCAACCCACGGCGUGGCUGCCACCUGUAUCUGGAUCCACCUCAAUAAGAAGGCCCAGACGGACACCAUCAAACCGCCUCGCCCCACCCCGCACGCCCUACAGGAACACUGCGAGUUUCUGAAGCAGAGUUUGAACAACAAGAACCUGUCACUGAAUGACUACAAGAUAGCCCUCCUGUGUAACGCCUACAGCACAAACAAUGACUACUUCAACCUGCCAAUGGGGAAACUGGUGGAAAGUAUCUAUGGCGACAGUAAACACACAACAUUGUUGCCAGGCAACAUAGUGGCCUCUGCUCCGACUCAGCCUCUAGCCAUGAGCCUCCUAGAUUCCCUGACAGUUCACGCCAAAAUGAGUUUAAUACACAGUAUAGUUCACCGUGUUAUCAAGCAGGCCAAAUCUAAGGCCACCAUAGCACAAUCUCCGGCCCUGAUAGAGACGUACAGCCGACUGCUUGUUUACAUGGAGAUUGAAUCUCUGGGGAUAAAAGGAUUCAUCAGUCAGUUACUGCCCACUGUGUUCACACACAAUGCCUGGGGCAUCCUCCACACCCUGCUGGAGAUGUUCAGCUACCGCCUGCACCACACCCAGCCCCACUACCGCAUACAGCUGCUGAGCCACCUACACCACCUAAGUCAGUCCCCGCAGACCAACCAGAACCAGCUACAACUCUGUAUGGAGAGCACAGCCCUCAGGUUGAUCACAGGACUUGGGAGUUUUGAGGUUCAACCCCAGCUGUCCCGGAUAUUCAAUGAACCAGGGAGGCCAGGGUUCUUGUCCAAUGAGUCAGAGGAACUGAACAGGGUGCUGGUUCUCACCAUAGCCCGGGCCAUGCACGUCACAGGUGUGGACAGUUUUUCCUCCACCUGGCCGAGAGAAAUUCUGAACCAGAUCAUGGCUAACACGCCCCACAACUGGUCCCCCAACACACUAGCUAACUUCCCCCCGAGUUUGGCUGAGUUUUUCCAGGCCCAACCCCAACACCGAGACGACAAAAACACGCUCAAACGCAAUGUGGAGGCCGAGUAUAAAAAGUGGAAAACCAUGGCCAAUGAGAAUGACAUCAUAGCUCACUUCUCCAUGCAGGGCUCCUCCACUGUGUUCCUGUGUAUUAUAUGGAAGAAUUUGCUGGAAGAGAAUAGAGGAAUAACACCCAUAGCAUACAAGGUUUUGGAUCGCCUGGGACCUCGGUCUGUCUCAGCACAUUUACGCACGUUUUCUGAUUACAUUGUCUCGGAACUCAAUCUGAAUUCUGCUGGAGGACAGCAUUUCCAUAAGGCUAUUGACUCCUUGAAUGAGAUGGUAUGGCGGUACAACAUUGUAACUAUUGACCGGCUCAUUCUGUGUCUGGCCCUGAGGAAUGUGGAUGAGGAUGCCAGGCUGUGCUACCUCCUGAUUCACAUGCUGCUCCUGAAGCCCCAGGACUUUAAGUCCCGCGUACAAGAAUUUGUCAAGGAGAAUUCCCCUGAGCACUGGCUUCAAAACAACUGGCAUGAAAAACACAUGGCUUUCCACCGGAAAUACCCAGAGAAGUUUUACUUUGAGGGUAUCCAGGACCUGAGCAGUCCCAUUCAGCAUCAGUACCUGCCCGUCUACUUCGGGAAUGUCUGUCUCCGGUUUCUGCCGGUAUUAGACAUCUUGUUACACAGAAUCCUGGAGCAGCCCUCCCUGACAACCAACAACCUGAACCUGUUUGAGAAAAUUCUGGAAAGUCUGGGAGUUCUGUACAAAUUCCACGACCACCCUAUCACCUACCUAUACAACACACUACACUACUACCACAAGAUCCUGGUCCAGAGAGCCGCCUACAAACGCAGGCUUGUCACCACCAUUUGGAAUGCCCAUCAGGAGAUCCGGCCCAGCACCUGGUUCCUGACAGAGGACUACCAAAGGUUCUCCCACGAAGAGAGUCUGGAGUGGGUUCCAGAUCUGGAUUACUACGUCCGGAUCAUUGGCAGACUGGUUGACACUAUUGACGGUAAGAGUCCCUUCCCUAACUGUGACUGGAGAUUCAAUGAGUUCCCGGGACCUGCUGCCCAUGCCCUCUAUGUGACCUGUGUGGAACUGAUGGCACUUCCUGUCCCCGGGAACGUGGUGGGGAAUUCCCUGCUGGAUGUCGUCAUGAAGAGUUCCACUCAACUACAGAGGGGCAAGGUCAUGUCAUGGAUGAAUGCUGUAGGACUGGUGCUCACAGCUUUGCCGGAGACCUACUGGAUCUCUUUGAACAACAAGAUCGUGGAGACGAUUUGUAGUCUGCCUCUGACAGUCCAGGGCGGGUGUCAGCCGUUCCAGGUGUUCAACUUCACCACCAGCCAGACAGUGUUUGCCGAGCAACACAUGACCUACUUACUGGCCCUGUCUCAUGCAGUGUGGCACCAUGCAGGAAUAGGACAGCUAUCUCAGCUCAGUGUAUUCCUCCGGGACCACCUGAAGCCAGUGGUGAAGACAGAGGAACAGUUCCUGUACGUGUGCCACCUGGUGGGGCCGUUCCUACAGAGGCUCCACUCCGAGCGGACCCGCAGUCUGAUGGAGUUGGUUGUGGAGCUUUACGAGAUCCUGGUCAACGUGGACAAGUCAUGUGACCAUCUCCGGUACCUUGACCCAAUUACAGACUUCCUAUACCACAUCAAGUACAUGUUUGUGGGGGACAGUGUGAAGAAUGAGAUUGAGAAGAUUAUCCGUAACUUCCGGCAGGCCCUGACCUUACGUCUGAGAUUUAUCUCCCACAUCAACCUGGAGGAAGCCAUGACCCCACUGGCCCCGCCCAUGUCUACCUGAGGAACAAUGCUUGGCUUUUUGAAUUUGAAAUACUUGUACAGGACUAGCAAGAGUUCCUCUUCUGUGAAAUAGCCAUGUGAACAAUUGAUUUAAUGGUGCUAUGAGCUGAACAACCCCCAUUGUAAUGAGGGACAGAGAAGGAGACAGUGGGUAUUACAGAGUUCAUUCUGUGGAUUGUGUGUAUUCCCUGUAUGUAGCAGUCUGUUGAGAGGUAGUUAUUGUCCUACUAGCAGAAAGAACCCCAAGGUCAGUGGUCACCUUGUUAACAGACUGAAUCGUAAGUUUGGUCCGACCAUGUUAACUGAAACACUGCCAACAUUAGAUCUUGUAUUGCUUUAAUUAUGGAUGGGUCUCAACAUCUGUGUUGACAUUGUAAACCCCUAUAGGUCAAUGCUUACUUUGUUAAAACACAAAAUGUUACAGAUAAAAAAACUUCUACCAUAUGAGGCACUAAACAUUGUUUAGUUAGAUCAUUGUUAUAUGUACAUGUAUGUCAGUAAUAAAUGGUGUCAAACACUUUUAAAACA